ACCGCGAGGGCUUUGAAAGCAAAGAAGCCCAAAACCAUGGCUUCUUCGUCAGCGGCUCCGCUCUGUGGAGGAGCAGUGCUCGCCGCCGCUGCGCCUCGCAAAUCCCCGGCAUUGUCCUCCUGCGCAGCGAUUCUCCGGCCCCCAUGCCUCGCCAGCUCGUCAAUCGCCGCGGAAUCCAGCUUGUUUCGCAGGGUUUGCGGCCUGGGAGUCGCGAAAUCGCCGUCCAGGAGGCUUCUUUCCACGAGCUGCAAGCUGAGCCAGGGCGAUGUUCUCCCCUCGUUCAAUCUCAAGGACCAGGAGGGGCGAGUGGUGAAUUCAUCCAAGUUUAAGAACAAGCCCGUGGUCUUGUACUUCUAUCCGGCCGAUGAGUCGCCAGGAUGCACCAAAGAGGCUUGCGCGUUUCGGGAUUCUUACGAUAAAUUCAGGAAGGCUGGAGCGGAAGUGAUUGGCAUCAGUGCCGAUACUCCAGAGUCUCACAAGGCAUUCGCGAAGAAAUACCGGCUUCCAUUCACGCUGCUCACCGACGAAGGAAACAAGCUAAGAAAGGACUGGGGAAUCCCCGGCGACUUCUUUGGCUCGCUGCCGGGAAGGCAAACUUACGUGAUCGACAAAAAGGGUGUUGUGCGGCUCGUCUUCAACAACCAGUUCCAGCCCGAGAAGCACGCCAUGGAGACGCUCAAGGUUCUCGAAAGCAUGUAAAGAAAAGCCGCCAUUCUUUUCAUCGCACCUUCCCUUCUAUAUAAAUAUGUAAAACCCGAUGUUGCUGUGGACUUCUCCACGCAGAAAAUCUCUUGGAAUGAAAAAUUCCAAGCUUUGCCUGCUA